AUGUAGUGAGGAUGAGGGGGUGGGGAUAAAAAUAAGGGCUGUGUAUUUGAGGCUGGAAUUUGGGGAGGUGCUUAUGAGGACAGAAAUAGGGAGUGGGAAGAACAGAAAGCGAGAGGGAUUGAGGGACUGAGAGAGAGGAGGCUGAGCCACCCUGAGAGGGGGACGUAGAAUCCAAGCAGCGUCUAGCCCAACAGUGGAACGAAGCAAGCCCAGCUCCGGGCCGCACCUUCUCCGGGAUACCCUGGGACAAGCCAGGCCUCUUGCCCUCAGGCUCUUGUAGACAGACUCAUGGACCAAUAGAACCCUGUGCAGUGGAGCUAUCGCAAAGGAGCAACGAACUGCCCUGGGUCUGAAAGGACGUCUUGGUGGAAGUGACGGCUGAGUUGAAGUGGGUCUGGCUGGCUUUGGAAGUCCGAGUCACAUAAUUCCGAAAACCGGCAGUCCUCGUCAGCGGCCGCUCCUCGACAGCCCAGAAUAGGAGGUCUCUUCCAGACAGCACUAGCCGCAGCUGGCGGAAGUGCCGGGGAAAGGGGGUGGGGCCGCGAGAGCAGCGGAAGCCGGAAGCCGGAAGCCGAAGCCUGAGCUGCGCGUGGCUGUGAUGGCGGCCAGCGGGGCGGUGGAGACCGCGCCCCCGGGGGCCACCAUCGCCCCCUCGCCCGACCCUCCCCCGUCUCUCGCCCCGGGACACUUGUUCCGGCCCCUCAGCGCCGAGGACGAGGAGCAGCAACCCACCGAGAUCGAGUCGCUGUGCAUGAACUGUUACAACAACGGCAUAACGCGCCUCCUGCUCACCAAGAUCCCCUUCUUCAGAGAAAUAAUCGUGAGCUCCUUUUCCUGUGAGCACUGUGGCUGGAACAACACGGAGAUCCAGUCGGCAGGCAGGAUCCAGGACCAGGGAGUGCGUUACACUUUGACUGUCAGGGCCCUGAAGGACAUGAACAGAGAAGUAGUGAAGACUGACUCUGCCACCACAAGGAUCCCUGAGCUGGAUUUUGAAAUUCCUGCCUUCAGCCAGAAGGGAGCUCUGACCACUGUUGAAGGAUUGAUCAACCGUACUAUCUUUGGCCUGGAGCAGGACCAGCCCACACGAAGGGCAAACAAAGAUGCCACAGCUGAAAGAAUUGAUGAGUUCAUUGUCAAACUGAAGGAGCUAAAGCAAGUGGCCACCCCUUUCACUCUGAUCAUUGAUGAUCCUGCAGGUAACAGCUUUGUGGAAAACCCCCAUGCUCCCCAGAAAGAUGAUGCCUUGGUGAUCACACACUACAACCGGACCCUACUGCAAGAAGAGAUGCUGGGGCUCCAAGCAGAAGCACCAGCAGAGAAGCCACAAGAGGAAGAUCUCAGAAAUGAAGUGUUGCAGUUCAACACAAACUGCCCAGAAUGCAAUGCCCCGGCUCAGACCAACAUGAAGCUAGUACAAAUCCCCCACUUUAAGGAGGUUAUCAUCAUGGCUACCAACUGCGAGAACUGCGGGCAUCGGACCAAUGAGGUGAAAUCUGGAGGAGCAGUAGAGCCCUUGGGCACCAGGAUCACUCUCCAUAUCACAGAUCCCUCAGAUAUGACCAGAGACCUCCUCAAGUCUGAGACGUGUAGUGUGGAAAUUCCGGAGCUAGAAUUUGAACUGGGAAUGGCUGUCCUCGGGGGCAAGUUCACCACACUGGAGGGGCUGCUGAAAGAUGUCCGGGAACUGGUGACCAAGAACCCUUUCACACUGGGUGACAGUUCCAGUCCUGGCCAGACGGAGAAACUGCAGGAGUUUAGCCAGAAGUUGGACCAGAUCAUUGAGGGUAACAUGAAGGCCCACUUUAUUAUGGAUGAUCCAGCAGGAAACAGUUACUUGCAGAAUGUGUAUGCACCUGAAGAUGAUCCUGAGAUGAAGGUGGAGCGUUAUAAGCGCACCUUUGAUCAAAACGAGGAGCUAGGGCUCAAUGACAUGAAGACGGAGGGCUAUGAGGCUGGCCUGGCUCCACAGCGGUAGCAGUGGGCAGGUCAUGCAUGGACCAGUCUCCUGUGCUGCUCUACCGCAGGGUUAUUUAUUACUAUUGGAAUAAGGCUGGGUGUGUCCUCCCCACCAGCCCUUGCUCGUGGUGAGGAGGACACCUGGUCUGAGUCAAGAGACCUACGCACACUUUCUAAACAGCUGGUGAUGCAAGUACAAGCCUAUUGUGUUACUUGACCUUAUUUUAGAGGUUUUCAAUUGCCCUGGGAAGAAACCCGGAAAUGGACCAGGGGGCAUGUCAUUAUCACUUUUUCCCUAUUAGGUCUUUACCCUCCCUCCACAUAAUGCUCUGUCCUCUAAGAUUGGAACUCUGAAGUUGGAGAAGGUAAAAUAAAGUUACAGCGGGA